AUGAGACCAACGACUGCACAUUGGGCCAGAGGUGAUCUUCACUCGUCCACCGUCCGGCAAACACUCGCUCGGAAGCUUUCGCAUUGGCAGAUACCGCUCGGCCGUGCAUCGCAGCUUGGAAGGAUAUCCAUGACGCCUUUCCCCGUCUGUGCUCGGAUGAGCUCUGAUAGAAAGCUCAGGCGUCGGGUGCAGACAUCCAAGACAAGGAAGAUCGCGAUGAUCAAUUGCAAAGGUCGAGCAGGACAACGUCAAUCGGAUCUGAUGCAUCGUCAGUUUGAUAAUCAAUCUGUCUCCACUCAUGUUUGGCUUGAUGUCUCAUUCGUGAUACCAUUCGUCUUGUGUGUGACGUUUGGUCGACAGCUUUUCGUCAGAGCUUCGGUCAGACUUCUAUCCAAGUAUAGCAGAGUUCAACAGGGUGGCCCUAUGUACAUCCUUGGGAUAAUUCCACGGACGGUGUACGUGCGUCUUUUCUUUCGUAGCGUCCGGAUAACAUGCAUUCGUCAAGGUCCAAUAAUCAAGAUCUCCAAGUACCCGACGUUCAGAUCGCAAAUUGAAAAGUUGGGGUUACCGAUACACAAUCUUCAGCCACGCUUCACAGAUUUCGUCAUUGCCUUACAUAUGCUACAUUGUACUGUCGUGGCGCCUUCCAAAUCCAAUCGUCUCAAGCAAACUGCAACUUCUCUGGGUAUCUGGGAACCAACAAGUGGCUACUGUAACAUUGACGUUGUAUCCAAGAAUCGAAUUAUCAUGAUCAUCGUCGUCAUCGAGGAGCAUUUCGAGAGCGAGCCCUGA